GCCUUCUUAUCCCUUCACACACCUUUGCCUCAUUUCUCACACACAUACACACAAACACACCGCACCAAACAAAGCAAAGGCCUCAUAUCAUAUUUACUCUCUCUCUCUCUCUCUCUCUGCGUCCUCGCCCUUAUCUUCCUCGAAAACCCUAGGUUCAGCCAUGAAAGGUGGGAAAUCCAGAGCCGCGGCUCCGAAACGGUCCGAUACAAAGUUAAAGACCAAAAGCGCUGGGGCGAGCAAGCCAGCCAAGAAGGCUGGGAAAGAUCCAAACAAACCUAAGAGGCCUGCGAGUGCCUUCUUCGUUUUCAUGGAGGAGUUCCGAGAGAAGUACAAGAAGGAACAUCCCAACAACAAAUCUGUCGCCGCUGUUGGUAAAGCUGGUGGUGAGAAAUGGAAAUCGUUGUCUGAUGCUGAGAAAGCACCCUACCAGGCCAAGGCAGAGAAGAGGAAGGUUGAAUACAACAAGAACAUGGACGUUUACAACAAGAAACAAGCUGAAGGAGACAAUGGAGUUGAGGAAGAGGAGUCUGACAAGUCCAAGUCAGAAGUGAACGAUGAGGAUGAGGAUGAUGAUGAGAGUGGUGGCGAGGAUGAAGAUGAUGAUGAGUAGAGAAGAUGAAGAAUGGAGGAGAAUGAAGCAAUAUGUGUAGGAUUGCUUAGUUAAUGACCUGCAUUGUCUGAUUUAAGCUCUUUGUCUCAUGGAUAAUAGGAGUAGGGUAGGAAAACCAAAAACCAAGGGAUUAACUAUUCAGGGGUUUACUGCCACCUGAUUUCCCAUAUCUUUCUGUACUUAAUCGUUUUAAUGUUUAAUGGUAUUCAGCUUGCUUGAUUAUAAAAUAUGCUUCUAUUGUCUUGCUUA